AUGCCUCAAGCAGCUCGCUCUCUGAACGUGGUCGUCGUCGGCGCGGGCCUCGGCGGUCUGGCCGCCGGCUUGGCCCUGCAGACCGACGGCCACAAGGUCACGAUCCUCGACGCCGCGCCCGAGUUCGCCGAGGCCGGCGCCGGCAUCCGCAUCCCGCCCAACUCGUCGCGCCUGCUGAUGCGCUGGGGCGUGGACCUGCAGCGCAUGAAGAAGUCGACGUCCAACCGCUACCACUUCAUCCGCUGGAAGGACGGCGCGACCAUCUUUGACCUGCCGUUCGACAACAACGUCGCCACGCACGGCUCGCCGUACUGGCUCGUGCACCGCGCGGACCUGCACGCGGCGCUGCUGGACGCCGCGCACAAGGCUGGCGUGCAGAUCCUGACCAACAAGCGCGUCACCGCGUACGACAUGGACGCGCCCUCGGCGACGACGGCCGACGGCGCCGUGUACACGGGCGACCUGGUCGUGGCCGCCGACGGCAUCAAGUCCCUCUGCCGCCCGCUGCUGACGGGCCAGGCGGACGCGCCGCGCGACACGGGCGACGUGGCCUACCGCAUCCUCAUCCCCGCCGAGAAGCUGCUGGCCGACCCGGAGCUGGCGCCGCUCAUCCAGGCGCCGUGCACGACGUCGUGGUGCGGGCCCGACGCGCACCUCGUCGGCUACCCGAUCCGCAACGAGGACACGUACAACAUUGUCAUGUGCGUGACGUCGUACGACGAGACGACCGACGCGGCCUGGGUCGUGCGCGGCGACAACGCGGAGCUCUGCCAGCGCUUCGCCCGCUGGGAGCCCAAGGUCCGGAAGCUGUGCGCGCUGACGGGCGACUUUAUGAAGUGGCGCCUCUGCGACCUGCCCAACCUGUCCCGCUGGGUGCACCCGGCCGGCAAGGUCGUGCUGCUCGGCGAUUCGUGCCACCCGAUGCUGCCGUACCUCGCGCAGGGCGCGGCGCAGGCGUUUGAGGACGCCGCCGUGCUGCGCCAGGUGCUGGCGCUCGUCGGCGGCGUCGACGGCGGCGUCGACCUCAAGACAGCGCUGCAGCGCUACGAGGCCAUCCGCAUGCCGCGGGCCACGCUGGUGCAGGCCAAGACGCGCGAGCACCAGCACAUCCUGCACGUCGACGACGGCCAGGAGCAGGCCACGCGCGACCAGGGGCUGGCGCUGGACGCCGCCGAGAACCCCGUCUUCUGGGGCCACACGGACCGCCGCAACUGGCUGUUUGGCCACGACGCCGAGAUCAUCAGCACGCCGGGCGACAACUGGCGGCAGGGCCAGACCAGCGGCGUGGCGGCCCACUGA